UCAUCUGACUGGCUGUUCAGCCUAGGCUGCACACGCCCCCACUUUCCUCUACCAGGCCACACCGGAGGCAGUGCUCACACAGGCAAGCUACCAGGCCACAACAACGACACCCACCUCACCUCUGGCACCUCUGAGCAUGAGAGUGCCUCCUUUCUGUCCAGGCAUCCACGUACUUGCAAGAACUCUUGCUCACAUCAGCUAAGAGAUUGCACCUGCUGACCUAGAGAUUCCGGCCUGUGCUCCUGUGCUGCUGAGCAGGGCAACCAGUAGCACCAUGUCUGUGACUGGCGGGAAGAUGGCACCGUCCCUCACCCAGGAGAUCCUCAGCCACCUGGGCCUGGCCAGCAAGACUGCAGCGUGGGGGACCCUGGGCACCCUCAGGACCUUCUUGAACUUCAGCGUGGACAAGGAUGCGCAGAGGCUACUGAGGGCCAUUACUGGCCAAGGCGUGGACCGCAGUGCCAUUGUGGACGUGCUGACCAACCGGAGCAGAGAGCAAAGGCAGCUCAUCUCACGAAACUUCCAGGAGCGCACCCAACAGGACCUGAUGAAGUCUCUACAGGCAGCACUUUCCGGCAACCUGGAGAGGAUUGUGAUGGCUCUGCUGCAGCCCACAGCCCAGUUUGACGCCCAGGAAUUGAGGACAGCUCUGAAGGCCUCAGAUUCUGCUGUGGACGUGGCCAUUGAAAUUCUUGCCACUCGAACCCCACCCCAGCUGCAGGAGUGCCUGGCAGUCUACAAACACAAUUUCCAGGUGGAGGCUGUGGAUGACAUCACAUCUGAGACCAGUGGCAUCUUGCAGGACCUGCUCUUGGCCCUGGCCAAGGGGGGCCGUGACAGCUACUCUGGAAUCAUUGACUAUAAUCUGGCAGAACAAGAUGUCCAGGCACUGCAGCGGGCAGAAGGACCUAGCAGAGAGGAAACAUGGGUCCCAGUCUUCACCCAGCGAAAUCCUGAACACCUCAUCCGAGUGUUUGAUCAGUACCAGCGGAGCACUGGGCAAGAGCUGGAGGAGGCUGUCCAGAACCAUUUCCAUGGAGAUGCUCAGGUGGCUCUGCUCGGCCUAGCUUCGGUGAUCAAGAACACACCGCUGUACUUUGCUGACAAACUUCAUCAAGCCCUCCAGGAAACUGAGCCCAAUUACCAAGUCCUGAUUCGCAUCCUUAUCUCUCGAUGUGAGACUGACCUUCUGAGUAUCAGAGCUGAGUUCAAGAAGAAAUUUGGGAAGUCCCUCUACUCUUCUCUCCAGGAUGCAGUGAAAGGGGAUUGCCAGUCAGCCCUCCUGGCCUUGUGCAGGGCUGAAGACAUGUGAGACUUCCCUGCCCCACCCCACAUGACAUCCGAGGAUCUGAGAUUUCCGUGUUUGGCUGAACCUGGGAGACCAGCUGGGCCUCCAAGUAGGAUAAUCCCUCACUGAGCACCACAUUCUCUAGCUUCUUGUUGAGGCUGGAACUGUUUCUUUAAAAUCCCUUAAUUUUCCCAUCUCAAAAUUAUAUCUGUACCUGGGUCAUCCAGCUCCUUCUUGGGUGUGGGGAAAUGAGUUUUCUUUGAUAGUUUCUGCCUCACUCAUCCCUCCUGUACCCUGGCCAGAACAUCUCACUGAUACUCGAAUUCUUUUGGCAAACUUC